CGUGGCGUCACGACUCUAACUUCAAACGGGCGAUCCUUGUACGGUUUUUCCCCUGGGCGACCGAGCUGGUCGUAGAUAUGAUGUGUCCACUCCUAAAAUCAGAUGGUGAGGAGUUCCUGUCACUGUGUCUGGAACGAAAUGAGAUGGCGUGGUAUUGGUGCAGGGAGAUGACAUCCACUACGUUGCGGUCCACUAGUACCUUGCGAAAUCAGCGGCAGUAUGUUUUUGAAGCGGUCAAACGAUGUGAGCCCGCGUUCUGGUCCCUCCCUCAUGAAUGGCGAGUAAGCAGUGAGCUAGCACUCUGGUAUGUGCAGCACCAUCCAGAAGGGAGAGGCCCGCAAUACCUAGCGGCUUAUAUCAAGGUGUCUUGGAAGGUUGGGUGC